UUUGACACGAUGGAGAGAUGGAAACGGUGUUGGCACUUCUGAUCGCAGUGUUAAGAGGAGAUUUUCACACUUAAGAGAGAGAAAUGACUCACAGGCUCCUCUUUAACCUUGGGAAGGAUGUGGUGAAUGGAUGAUCAACACAGGACUUCGGUGGCUUCUCUUUAUUCUCCUCAAGCGUCAGGAAAGCAUUAGCGGCACUAACAAGCACCAGAAGUCACAUACAUUUUGCGCUUCACAGCAACUUUUCGUGUUCACAGACUGGGAGAGGAACAGGGAAGCUCUCACAUUGACCAAUGUCAACUACUGCUAUGGGCGACUCUGCCUUAACUGGCUUAGAGUCAGCAGGUGUGGAUUCUGUUAACCCUUUAGGGAGCUCCAAUGGCAGCUUGUCCACGAGCAGUGCCUGGGGCAUCAGUGGCAGCGGUCCGUGGCUGUUGGCGUGCAUGUUAACCCUCAUCAUCCUGAUGACGGCUUGUGGAAACACUCUGCUGAUCACUCUGGUGUUUGCCCAGCGCUCCUUACGCAACACCUCCAACUGUUUCCUGGUGUCUCUCUUCCUGUCGGACCUGAUGGUGGCGCUGGUGGUGAUGCCGCCAGCCAUGCUCAAUGUGCUGUGCGGGGCCUGGGUGUUGUCGCCGGGAUUUUGCCCCGUGUGGCUCUGCUUCGACGUCAUGUGCUGCAGUGCCUCCAUUCUCAACCUGUGUGUGAUCAGCCUGGACCGCUACCUCCUCAUCAUCUCGCCUCUGCGUUACAAGCAGAGGAUGACGCUUCCCCGGGCCCUGCUUCUGGUGGGAGGGGCCUGGGGUCUGGCCGCCCUCGCCUCCUUUUUGCCCAUCAAGAUGAACUGGCACAGCUUGGGUCACCGAAGUCACCAUUUCCCAAUGCACGGGGCUGGCAGUGCCAACAUCAGCACAUACCCAGAGCUAAGCUUGCGGUACCCCGCUUCCUACUUCCAGCUGUCACCCGCCGAUGGCCUGUCCUUCCAGUGUUGUCUGCGGGUCACCCUGCCCUUUGCCCUGGUGGCAUCCGUCCUCACCUUCUUCCUGCCAUCCAGCGCAAUCUGCUUCACCUACUGUCGGAUUCUCCUGGUGGCACGGAGACAGGCAAGGCGAGUGGCGGCACUAAGUCACCCUCCGUACCCACAACAUUCGCCCAGAGGGCCUUCUCAGCCUCCCUCACCAGGUGGGUGCGCCGCGGGACAUGCUCACCAUGACAGAGAAGACUACAAUCAGGAGCGCUCUAUGUCACACCAAGUACCGUUGUCAGUGAACAGCGAGCGGCGGUUGGCCCACAGGCAGGGCCGGAGGGCAGUGAAGGCCAGUCUGACCCUGGGAGUCCUGCUGGGCCUCUUCUUCAGCGCCUGGCUACCCUUCUUCAUCACCAACAUGGCCCAGACUUUCAAUGAUCCAGUCAUUUCAUUUCCCAUCUGUGUCCCUCACUUCACUCUUCCAGAAUAUAGCCAACAGAGGUUUAAGUGUCUGCCUUCCUCCCCCCUCCCUUCACACUCCAUGUGGUAUGUGAACACCCCCUCCCUUUUUUCACCUUCUCACUCCCUGCCUCCUUCCAUCUUGAUAAGAUAGGACACGUUCCUCCAACAGC